CUCAUAUCUUCCAAGCUCAAAACCUCUCUAAAGCUCAACAACUCCUGAUCUCUAACUUUUUUCCAAUCUCUUAGCUAAUCAUGGGUGUCUUCACUUAUGAAACAGAGACUACCUCAGUUAUUCCACCGGCUAAGCUGUUCAAGGCCUUUGUCCUCGAUGGUGACAACCUUGUUCCAAAAGUUGUACCUCAAGCCAUCAAGAGUACUGAAAUAAUUGAAGGAGAUGGAGGGCCAGGAACCAUCAAGAAGAUCAACUUCGGUGAAGGUAGCCAGUUCAAGUAUGUGAAGCACAAGAUCGAUGCGAUUGACCACGCAAACUUAUCUUACGGCUACAGCGUGAUUGAGGGCGAUGCUCUGGGGGAUGUUCUCGAGAAAAUCUCUUACGAGAUCAAGAUAGUGGCUUCCCCUGAUGGAGGAUCCAUCUUGAAGAGCACCAGCCACUACCACAUCAAAGGCAACCACGAGAUCAAGGCUGAGGAAGUUAAGGCUGGCAAAGAAAAGGCAGCUGGCCUUUUUAAGGCUAUUGAGGAGUACCUCUUGGCACACCCUGAUGCCUACAACUAAAUCAAAAGCUUGUCUUCGUCUGUACCUCUGGCUUUCAAGUUGUUUUUUGCGCGCGCAGUCUAACUAGUCUUGGCUAGCUAAAUAAUGGAGUUUGCUGCUGUGAUCUGUAUGUUUGCUUUCUUAUGAUGUUCUAGCUGAUAAUAGAGAACAGUGAAUGUUAUAAGAUUCCAUACAAGCGUUAUGAAGAAAGAUGAACCGUACUAUA